CUGAGCGGGGCAGCGGCCCGGGUGCGGCCCCCGGGCUGUCUGCGAGGAGCUGUGAGCCAGAACGGAGAGAGAGACAAACCGGGCCUGCUGCGCUUUUCUAGAUUGCUUGGAGCCGAGUAAACACCGCGCGAACGGUGAAAUCGGUGCUCUGAGAAAGUUACUGAAAUCAUGAAUCCUGUGUAUAGCCCUGGAUCUUCUGGGGUUCCCUAUGCAAAUGCCAAAGGAAUUGGUUAUCCAGCUGGCUUCCCAAUGGGCUAUGCAGCAGCUGCUCCUGCCUAUUCCCCUAACAUGUAUCCUGGAGCAAAUCCUACCUUCCAAACAGGUUAUACCCCAGGUACCCCGUACAAAGUCUCCUGUUCACCCACCAGUGGAGCAGUGCCACCGUACUCCUCGUCACCGAAUCCCUACCAGACUGCUGUGUACCCAGUCAGAAGUGCCUACCCACAGCAGAAUCCAUAUGCACAGCAAGGCACUUACUACACACAGCCUUUAUAUGCAGCACCACCCCACGUAAUCCACCACACCACAGUCGUGCAGCCCAAUGGAAUGCCAGCAACCAUGUACCCUGCUCCGAUCCCGCCGCCCCGAGGGAACGGGGUCACCAUGGGCAUGGUGGCUGGGACGACUAUGGCAAUGUCAGCAGGUACUUUGUUGACAACUCAUUCCCCAACUCCAGUAGCCCCUCAUCCAGUUACUAUGCCCACGUAUCGGGCUCCAGGAACACCAACCUAUAGUUAUGUGCCCCCACAGUGGUGAUCAUCCUGGCAGUCAGUGUUUGAAGAUGGGAGAUAUGCAAUCAAGAAAUUGAGGUUUAAAAGUUGGUGCUGAAGCCCUCAUGCCUCCAACCAGGACUUUCCUUCUGAAUGCUUUCAACACUUGGCUAAACACUACUAAUUCCUGAUCACUGAAGAUUUUCCAGUGCUGCAUAUCUUACAUCUUGGAACUCCAGCAGUUAGUCUUAAAGCAAAUCCUGUUUUGUGGACUGUCUUGCAAUUUUUUAGCUAAUUAUAACGAUAAAAAGGGAGUAUAAAUUUAUUCUGAUCCAUAUCUAGUUGAAUGCAUGUUAAAACACAAAAACAAAGCUUGCUCAAUCUACCUGCAGUGACUGAUGCAAAAACCAUCAUAUGCAAAUCCAAAGGAACCGAAAAGUAUUUUACAACUUGUAUCACUAAUGCACUGUUGUAAUGUAUGCAGGGUCUGAAAAGGUAGAAUCAUGAAAGUGAGUUUCUUUCUGGAAUACCAUAACAUACAUUAGAUAAGUGCUUCAGCCUUUUUCAGGUUGAUGGAGUUGCCAGUUUAUAAAAGGGGCAUAUUUUUAUUUAAGUGAUGUGUUCUUUUCAAAUUCAGCUACUAAAUUGGAGCGACUGGAAAAUGAGUCAGGCAAGCUGUAGAAAUCCCGCACACAAUUAGUUUACUUCAUACCUUUUCAUUUUCAUGAUACGAAUUCAGUGUUAUACAGAUGUUCUUAGGAUCAGAAUGAGAUGACAGAGGUAAUGCUGUGUGUGCCAGUAAAUAGGGCAAACUUCCUUGAGGCAAAAACUGGCUCGUAGGAAUAGUAGGAGGUGAUAUCACCUGCAUAAUGAUUGCAUGUCCUGGGGAGAUUUCUAUCCAGUACCAUCUUUCAUACGAUGCAAGACGUGUCAAAGUGAGACUGCCACACAGACUGAUAGAAAACACUUUCUUUUAGUUCUCAGUUGAGGAAAUCCGUGCUGUUUUUCCUAAAGGAUGUUGUAGUCAGUUGAAAAUGUAUGUGCAGCUGAUCCAGCUUGCUUUCUGGACACUUAAGAAGUGCGAGGGCUUUCUGCAGCAAACAGAGUUCAGCUGCAUGUUACUCUGAGGAAAGCUUGUGUGCCUGAUGAGUAUGUUAAAGGGGAACAAAUCAUUUUAAUGCAAUUUCCUUUAUUAGCUCCUUGCAGUAUGGACUAUGGAUACUCUGUAGUAGGGCUGCCAGAGGUUUCAAAAAGCAGUUCUCUCUUUUUUUUUGUUUUUUUUUCUGAAAAUAUCUGUAAUUGAAAUAGGAGCCACUUGUUGGUUACAGCAUUUUUGUGUUUUCUUAAUAUUUUCUUUUUUUUUUUUUUUUACUUCCUAAAUUGCACUUGGAAACACGUAAAGUAAGACUCAAAAAUAAGACUCAACUGCAGAUUAGCAUUCUCAGUGAGUCAUUUGUGAUAUUCUUUCUUGCAACUUCAAUUUUUAAAGUACCUCAAAGCGAAUGCUGUGGGUAUAAAGGGCUAGCCUUGGAACCCAUUUGUAUACCAAAAUCGUUACAGGACAGAUUUUAAAUUUUUAAAUUUGAAUAUUGCACAUUAAAGUGGAGGUUUUUCUUAAACCUGCUUGACUUACAAUUCCAGAAAGAUGCAAUUUCCUUUUUUUCUUUUUUUUUCUUUUUUUUGAUGCAUUCAAUACCUGCAAUAAAUUAUGCAGUAAAUGGUUAUAAAAUGAUGUUCCCUUUUAAGCAUUUACACCGAGGUAUAUCAGGCUGUUUUGUUCCCUUAGGUUAACUUCCAUUCAGAAUUAAAUUUUUUGAAGUUGUGUAUCUAGUUACGCUUUGUUUUGGGGUGUUCUGCUCCUGUACAGAUUUGGCAGCUGCUUUGGGGCAGCAUCAGUGCUGAUUUAGUGCAGCCAUCCCAGUACUCUGCCGUGGUGGGAGGCUUGUGUACCUUCAUACCCCACUGGUGGUUAGAGCCCUCAGUAACUUUAUUUUUUACAAUAAGCACUCUCUGUAUUUUGUACCCUUUUUUUUUUUUUUAAUAAAGUUUAGGUUUAUUUUGCAUGAAUCACUGUCAGUGGAUGGCCCCCUUAUUUCUAAUGCCUUGAACAUAACUAUGUUGUUAGAGUAAGUACUUUAAACCUUAUUCGUGAGCACUUACUGCAGCUUAGGGAUUUCCAUAUGUUUUUUAUAUGGAGCAGAAAAUCACCCAAGACAAACUUAGUUGAAUCUGUAGUGCUUUGUUCAAGUCUGUUUAACAAUUCCAUUUGUGUAGUAGAUGUGCAGCUUUGAUUAGUGGGGUGUGGCAGAGCACAAUGAACAUUAACACAGGGCACUUGUCCUGAGCGUGGUUUUAACCAGGAGCUGAGGUCUGGAGCAGGGCUGUGUUGGGGAAGAGCUGGGAAGGCCAAGCUGAAAGCUUUGCUGUCUCCUGUCUCGUCACCGUAAACUGAAGCUUUGAAAAUCAUAGGAGAGAACUUCCAUGAAUGCUGCAAUAGAGAAAUAGUUGAGGAAUGGAUAUAACUUCCUGUAUAUUUGCUCUAACUUCAGAUUCCUAAAUGUCAUCUUGGAAUUGGUCUCCAUAUAGUAUUCUGUAACAUUUAGGCAGUCUCACUUACUUGAGCACUUUUUUUUCUAAGUUGCAUUAUGGGAUUCAUCCAGGAGGGAGAAAUUGUACCUUUUCCAAAGGUACUGCACCUUCCAGUUCUGAGCGAUUCUGAUCUGCUGGGAGGCUGGAGCGUGUCUCCAGGAGUUGUUAUGAAAAGUAACCAAAAGCACAGUGCAGGGGGACGGGGGAAUAUGUGUAUAUAUAACUAUCUUAAUGGUAUUUUGUUGCAAAUAGUAGAAAGCAUGGAUAUAAAACUGCAGCAGGGGAAACUGUACAUCAUUAAAUAGGCGUUUACACAGUGAGGGUCUUACGAAACAUUCUCUCCUGCUUUUUAUAUAACAUUCCCUAUUUAGAAUUCCUUUAUAAAUGAAUACGCAGUGUGUGUUUGCACAAGAGCUCCUCAGCAAGUGAAAAGAGCUAGUGCAGUAGAGACAUUUCAGAUCAAGCUUCUCUUUAAAAAAAAAAAAAAAAAAA